AUGGCGGAUUACAAGGCUACCACCACAACCACCAGCGUCACCGCCACCGCCUCCCACCAGCACCACAAUGGACGGUGCCACAAAUUGCCUCUUGGGCUGGCCUCUGAAAGGCUGAGGCAGCUGAAGAUGAGAAUUAGUAGCGGUGGAAAUCCCAAUUAUGUAGAUGAAAUGGGAGAGGAUUUUGAGAUUCAUUAUCAGGAGCCGUCGGAGAGCUAUUUUGGAGAUGGAAUCCCCAUCCUAAAUCUCGGUGUUGAAAUAGAAAAAAGAGGGAUAAAUCCCAGUGGUAAGGUGACUGCAGCAGCAAAGCAGCUGGAGAAAGAGAGUGAGUACAAGCAAAGCCAAGAGUAA